GUUCCCCGCCGCCGACAAGGACGGAUAGAUCGAGACUCCUGUCAACGGCUGAGAAAAUGUCGGCUGGUAGGGUGAUCAGGGCGAACCAGUUGGAUGAAAAUAUUACCGAUGACAGUGUUGCUUAUCGAAUGACAGAGAAUGUCGAUAAUAUUCUAGUGAACGAAUCCAUGAUGGAAGUGUUGAGAAACGAAAGAAGACAGAAGAUCGUGUUGGAUUUCAACGAAUUCCCGCCACCGAGGUCCGAGAAGAGAAGCCACACCCGAAUUAAUCCGGAUUCGCUGAACGUUCCCGAGCCUGGAUUUUAUUUAUCGCCGAUCGAGGAGAAUAGCGAGGCGUCUACCGGAAGCGGGCAAAGUAAAGUUGCGACGGAGAGUUAUGGGAAAACUAUCGACGCAGGAUUGGAGUACGAUCAUGCGAGAAAGUAUCACACAUAUCCGAAGUCUAGAAUUCCGGUAGCUAGAUGGUCGAAGGAAAGGCGAAUCGGGAACCUGAUGAUGGACCCGAAGAUGUAUCCGUUGGAACCGCGUGAAAUCGAUCUGGAGGCGUUCCAACAAUUGCAUACGGCGGACAGUCAAGAGGAAUUGCAGGAAUUCUUGUUACUGGAGAGCCAGUGCAGCGGGAAUCUCGGAUUGGCGGGAAAUAUGUCGGCAUCCGAGGUAUCUUGUAGCGAUCAUCACAGUGAGGACGAAAGGGGCACCAUGUCAGAUUACUGACAUCGGGGUCACGCGAGUCGCACAAUCACCAACCAGGACAUCAG